AUGAAGUUAUCCACUGCAACUGCCUUCUUAUCUGCUUCCUCGACUGCUAUGGCUAUUGGAAACUACACCAACAGUACGAGUUACGUUUACGUUUCUGAUAUCGAUACUACUGUUAUCACAAUUACCAACUGUGGUACUCUUACUUGUUCCGAAACACCUGUUACCACCGGUCUCACCGUCAUCACUGAAACCAAAGAAUUUAUCACUACCGAAUAUACUACCUACUGUCCAUUAACUGCUGCUACCGUCGUUCCUGCUCCAACUCUUACUCCAACUCCGGUGCCAUCAAAAGCUUCAACUCAGGCCCCACCAGUUACUACAGAAGUAUCAACUCCAGCAAAACCAGCACCAUCUUCAUCCAGCUUCACUAGUGUUGUCUCUAACAGCACUUCCAAAUCUUACUCCUCUAUUCUUGUCGGUGAGGGAUCUAAGAGCUUCAUUCAUGUAUCUUCUGCCUUAGCUUUGGUGGCCCUUUUCAUGCUUUGA